UCGCUUAUUAAAUAAUUAUUAAGUAAUUUUGUAAAUUAUCUUGAACUGUGUAAAUAGUGCAGUCAAUACAAAAAAAUUGCAGUCACCGCUGCCGUGCAAUGCCUAAUUGUGAAUAAUACUCUGCGUAGAUGAGAAGUGUAAAAUAGGUGACGAUGAAUUCAUUUGACUCAACAUUGCUGUUAUCAGCAGAGCUCUCUGAUAUCCUUCCUUUGGCUGCGUUUUUGGUUUGCGCUGGAACCAUUGUUUUGUUUUUAUUGAAGUCGUCAGUUAUAUUACGUGUUCAAGCAGACGAUGUUAUACGACAUUCUACUAUCACUAAUUAUAGUGCACAAGUGCCGAGGCUUCAAUUGAUUCCCGUACAUAUACCCUUUACCUUCCGUCUAAUGGAUACCGGAUCCAACCCAUUCGAAGAAGUCCGAAUAGUUAUCUCUAGCCACAUCAAGUACACGCUGCAAGCGUUCUGGACUCUUUCCAUACGAGAGCUACAUAUGUCUUUGUCGCGAACGUGGGAUGAAUUGCGAGAUCAAACGCAACUAUCUACGAUAGUUAACUCAAUGCAUUGUCAAAAGUUGGCGACCAACAUGAGGCUUCAAAACCCUCACGACGAGAAGGUCAUCAUUCUAAAGACUAAAGAUCCUCUCCUCCUGGGAGCUCCACCACGAUCAGUAUAUCCUCUUGUUGUAUUCAUCAUUCGUGAACCAGAAAGUAACGAAUUGGUAUCCCCAGAAGACGCGGUAAUUCUCGUUAACGUUAUCCAUCUUAGAGACGCUGGUUGUCCACUACCAACCUCCAUAUUGGCACAAUACCUAAAGCAAGCAGGUGGACAGUUAACAUGUCUAAAGCAACUCUAUCUAACUGCUGGUGAACCAAUUUUGACAGAAAAUGGCUACCAUAACCAAACAGCGAGCUCGAUAUUGCUGGCAGAACCAGUAGCAUGCACAAAUAAUACAGAGUCUCUGCUAUGCAGCGAUUCAACGUCGCAAGAUCGCUCAGGAAUCGAGCAGCUGUGCGUCGUGUGUCAUUAUUUUCCGCUAUCGCGAGCCUUACUUCCUUGCCGACACACAUGCAUCUGUGCGAUAUGUUUCAGUAAAUUAGACCGUUGUCCAAUGUGCCGCUCAGCAAUCACAAGCUACUUUUGUAUCAAAACAGAGGAUUAUGUAGCUAGCAACGUAACCAAACGAAAUAAACCUAAAGUAACUAUUCAUUGGUUAGAUGCAAUGUACAAUAGAUUAGCAAAUUUUCUAGGAUUUAGAUAAUAUGUUCUUAUCAUGUUCCUUCAUCAGUGAGAAAAUAGCAGGGUAAAUGAUCUUGAGUGGACCUAUUUUUAAAUAAGAAUUUUCGGAUAUGCUUAUCAAGUCUUUGUACUGUAUUUUACUUUUAUGUUUAUCUUUAAUCAUUUCUGAACGUAAAUAUACUAACAUUAAAUUAAAAUUAUACCCAAAAUCACUUUAUUGCAGCGUAUUUAAAAGUAGCUGUUUUUCAGCGUUUUGGCAGUCACCGUAGAAUAUUUUUAAACUGUUACUACCCGGAACCCUUCUUGUUUAAAA